UCGGGUAACCAUCUGUUGUGGAUUUUCAAUCCAUUUUAUUCCACAUCAAGUUUCGUGACGAACAUGGCCGCUUAACUUAACCACACGUGCGGCCGGUGAACUCAUUUGGAGCCAAGCUAGCGUAAUUCAGCAGCAGAUAACAGCAGAGCAUGGUGGGAGACGUGAGGAUGCUGAGGCACCUGCUGGUGGGGCUGAUGUCGCACUGGGCGGCGGAGGAGAUGGCGGUGCCGGUGCUCGUCGACGUCACCACCGCCGCGCUCUGCCCCGAGACUACCUCCUCCUGCCCGGAGGCCAUCUACCUCACCGGCUUCCAGGAAACCGUGGGGGGCAUUUUCAGGGCGGUGGGGUUCACUCUCAUGGGCCAGCUCUCUGACGAGUACGGCCGGAAGCCUCUCCUCCUCCUCGCCGCCGGCGCCUCCGUCUUCCCAUGCUGCGUGCUUGCUCUGAGCAGCACCAAAGCCGCCGUGUACGCCUACCUCGUCCUGCGCACCCUCUGCUUCAUGAUCGGCAAAGGCACCGUCUCCUGCCUCGCGCUGGCCUACACGGCGGAUGUGGUUGAACCAUCGAAGCGAGCCUUCGCGUUCGGCUGCGUGACCGGGAUCAACUCCGCUUCGCGCGCCCUCGGGAACGUCCUCUCCAGGUUCCUGCCCGAGCGCUGGGUUUUUAAGGUCUCGCUUGUUCUGCUGAUCUGCUCUGUGCUCUACAUGAAGAUCUUUCUGGUCGAGACGCUUCAGAAAGCCGCUCCCUCUGCCUCUGGCUCGUGCCAGCGUCUGUCCGUGCCGUCUUUGGUCCUUGGGUUACCGCGGCAGCGUUGGGAGUCUAUCAAGGAAAACAUUCGCAUGAUCAAAACGAAUGACACACUAAGGCGAAUCACAUACGUUUCUUUCUUCUACGAGUUGGGCAUGGAAGGCAUUAGCGAUGUCCUACUGUAUUACCUGAAGCUAGUAUUUGGUUUUGACAAGAAUCAGUUCUCUGAAAUUCGAAUGGUGGUUGGAAUUGGUUCAAUAUUUUCUCAGAUUUUGCUGCUCCCAGUUAUCAUACAUGCAAUGGCCGAAAAGGGAGUCUUAUGCAUUUCAAUACUUGCAUCAAUUGCUUAUGCUUUGCUGUACGGUCUGGCUUGGAGUUGGUGGGUUCCAUAUUUCGCUUCUUCACUGGGUAUCAUCUAUGUUUUGGUCAAACCGUCUACUUAUGCAAUGAUUUCUAGGGAAGUAGUCUCAGCUAACCAGGGAAAAGCACAAGGAUUCGUUUCUACUGUGCAAUGCACAGCUAUAUUAUUCGCGCCAUCUUUUAUGAGCCCUUUGACCUCCUAUUUCAUUUCAGAAGAAGCUCCCUUCAACUGCAAAGGUUUCAGUUUCCUCGUUGCAGGCUUCUUCUUGGUCAUAUCAUUAGGCUUUGCUUGGAUGCUUGAUCCAGAAAGCAAGAACAGAUGCACUGGAAUUGCAGUGUCAGACGACCAGCUUGAUCAGGAAGCAGUGCAAGCGCCGCUAUUAGCGGCACAACAAUGACGAAAGUAAAUGAAUUGUGCAUCGAUCUGAAGGUGACUGUGUUAUGCACACAAAAUUGGCAUCAGAUCAAGAGUGAUGAUCUCCCAUGCCUAAUUGCCUACCUCUUUCUCUCUUCCUUAACUCCUGGCUUCUUAACCCCGUUGGCGGUUUUCCUUCAAAUUUUUUGUUGAAAUUCAGUUUUCUCUUUUCCAUGUAGUUUUCAUAUAACUUGUUUGUACGGUUUUACGCCACCAUUCCGUGGAGAAAUGAUCAGACAAUUGAGUAUUUUACCAGCUUGGCGGGUGAUGUUCCAAGUGCUGAACCAAAACCAUGCCAUGUCGGCACUAAUACCGCUUCGCGGGAGGCAGGAACCAGUGAACCACUAUUUGUCCAGUUUCAGUAGUUGGGGGACGAGAAAUAUAUAACAAAGGUUGAGAGAUCAUUAUGUGUUUUUUGAUAAUGCGGGGGAUGAAAAAUAUAAUUUUCUCUUCUUUUA